GUAUAUAUAAUUAAAUUAGAAGGUAUUGUUGUUUGAAGAAAAGGGCAAAGCCCUAAUUUAUAUGGGGAUUAGAUAGUUGAGUGGUUACCCAACUCCUUGAGUAGGAGGAAACAAAUUUUAUAGCGAGGAAGAAGGAAGGGGGAGAAAAUGGCACUGGACGGUAGCGGCAAUGGAGAUGACUUCUCUGUAGGAUCUUUCUUCUCCAUUAAGACCACCUUAGGAGAUGAAUUUCAAGGACAAGUCAUUACCUUUGACCGCCCCUCCAACAUCCUCGUCCUUCAGGAGGGUUCAAAGCCAGGACCUCGCAGGAACAUAAGGCUGUUGAAGGCCAAUUAUAUUAAGGAAUUUUCGUUUUUGGGACAUGGUGAAGAUCCUCUUGAUCUCAAAAACUGUUACCUCGAUCUCAAUACUCUCCGUGCCCGAGAAGAACUUGCCAUUAGGCAAGCUGAGGCUGAGGCGGAGAGGAUAGGAGUGGGUGUCACUAGCGAGGCUCAAAGUAUUUUUGAUGCUCUAUCUAAAACGCUUCCUGUUCGUUGGGACAAGACUGUGAUAGUUGUAAUGAAUGAAGUACGUGUGAGCAGUCCUUACCUACCUGAAUCUGUUUCCGGAGGCACCCCUGCUGCCAAUGAGCGCGUGAAGAAAGUGCUUGAAUGGGAGAGGAAGCGAUUGCAAGUUCGUGGGGGUGGUCAGUGAUGCUCAUUCAUCCCUAUCCUUUCUUUUCUGGGUGCGGUUAGCUGUACGGAGCCAAGGUAUUAUCUGAUUUAGAGGCAUCAGUGUCAGCAAUCUCGGAGGAAUUUGGUGUUUGAGUGGUAACCUAGUCGAAUUUAGUGUAACCUGUUAGCCAAAGUUUUUUGCUUAGUGGUUUCUGGUCGUUGAUUUUUUACUGUUUAUGGACUGCAUUGGACACGACAAAGCACUUUCUGUGUCCAUAUUUAAAGUUUCCCAAGAUUUGCUCUGCAAGUAUACAAGCAAAUUCAAAUGUAAUAACUGUACUUAUUGCAUUUGGUCAUAACGUGGAAAAAGAAAAGGUUUUGAAAUAGAUGACCGGCCUGUCUCAUGGUCUAACAUUGAUAUUGUUUGGGCAUAAGAUUGCCUCUAUAGUUUAUUUGCCAUGUCUUUCAAUGCUGUUCGUUGGAGUUUAAAAAGUUGUGUGAAAUUACAUUUGUAGAUGUUGUGGGCAUCUUCCUUCAAAAAAAGUAGUAGGCAAAUGAAAAGCUUGGACAGCCUAUGGCGCCAAAAGAACAUUGAUUUAUUGAUU